AGUAGAAAACCACUGAUCCAAGGCUCCAGUGCUCAAGUGUUUUUAGCAUUUUGAAUGGCACAAAGAAAAGGUGGAAAGAUGAUCACGUAGCUGACAUAUCAUCCUUUAAAAAAGAAAUCCAGACUCCAUGAGUAUAUUUUACUUUGGGAGCUGAAAAACUUUUUUCUCUUUGUGGUCCCGCUGACAUCACUUCCUUUCCACCAGGUCCUGUGAAGUCAACCCGGUGAGAUCAUCUCUUUCUGCCGUGCCUGCCUUGAGGACAGCCGAUGCAAGGAGAAAAUGGCCCGAUCCCUUUUUUUGCUGUUUCUCCUCAGUCUGUGCCACUGCAAGUGCCAGGGACAGAUUCAGGUCAAACUCCUCAGCAACAGACCCAUGAAGCCAGGAGACUCCGUGGAGCUGGAGUGUGUGAUCACAGACAGCAGCUUGUCAGACAGCGGCGUGUCCUGGAUGCACAAAGGCAAGGACUCUGUCCUCCGCUUCAUCAUGUUCAUCUCUUCCAUCUCCCGGGUGACACACGCAAGCAAUAAAGACAAAGCACGCUAUGUAGGAAGUAAAAAGCCCAGCACCUACGGACUGACUGUGAAGCCCUUUCAGGAGCAGGACCAGGGGGAAUAUUACUGCAUUGUCAACCGGAACCAAAUGCUGCAUUUCAGCUCCGGGCAACAGGUCUUCCUGCCAGUGCCUUCUACACAGCCGCCCACCACAACGGCAGCCACCACCACACGCAUCACCACAACCCCAGCGAUGACAACCUGCCCAGGCACCCAAAGUCCAGCACUCACCCAAGACACAUGGCUGAACUGUGACUUUUACAUCUGGAUCCCCUUAGCAGGCACCUGCCUCUUCCUCCUCAUCGCCUUGCUGGCCACCAUCAUAACCUGUCAAAAAACCAGAAGACGGAGAUGCAAAUGUAGAAGACCUGCAAAUGCGAACAAUGGAAAAGUCAUGGCAAACAGAUAAGAGUGAAGCGUCUGUGCCCUUAACGUCUGAAUCUCCAAACAGGAAGCUAUCGCUGUACAGUCCAUCCACCACCCAUGCCUUUACAUUUCCAGUUACAAGCCAUGCUUUAUUUUAAAUUGUUCCCAUACCUUCUGUUUUGUUGAAUUCUACGAUGCAAACAGGUCCACAAGAGCACAGAAGCUUUAGCAGAUACUAGUUGCUCACUACGGGAAUUGUACUGCCUGGAUUUGAAAAUGUUGGCUCCUUCCAACAUUGUUGAGCCCUACAAAUUGGUUUCCAGGUCAUUAAAAAAAAGACAACAAAAUAUGCCAAACUAUCUAGGCCUGUAACACAGGCAAUACACUCUGAUCAGUAGCUCCCAUAGUCUAAAUCCUGAAUCAGUACUUGCUCAGGUGGAUACCCCGCAAUUUCAACAGCUGAGGAAAGACUUCAACAUUUAAUCUGCUUGGUGGUUUGCCUCAUUUUAAUGUUUGUCAGAUCAGGCCCACUGUGAAUAAGUGUAUGAUCUUCUGACCUUCCCCUUUUAACUUCAGUACCUGGGCACUACCCGAAGACAUUUUUUUAUUUGGGGAAGGUGUCUUCAUUGGUCAAUGGGAUAAAAAUAUUUUAUCAUAUGAGACAUCAGAAAUGCUCCCCAGAGGUCAGUAACAGCAGUCCAUUACUGAAGCUGAUAGAGGACAGAGCCCAACCAUGAAAGGCCAAGUUUUAACCAAGGGUACUUGUGUCUUUUAUAGUCCUUAGACUACAGACCACAACUGCCGUUGUUUCCCCCUCUUGUGAGCUCUUUCCUUCCUGCUGUUGACUUCACUGGGAGUUUUGCCUGAGUGAGGAACGCAGGAUUCAUCCUUCUUUCUGGCACCAAGAGAUAAAUAGCAGAAGGGUAAAUAUGUGCUACCACUUGUUUCACUUAAGCAGUGUUUUUAAAUGUGCCAAUUUAUUUCAGAGAGAUGACUAGAAUAAGCAUCCUGUACUUGUUCACUAUGCGUUCAGUGUAAAAAUUGUCUGCAUAUCACUGCAAUAAACUCUUUCUAAGGGUUUUUUUCCCCCCCAAUCAUCAGUAUAAAUACCAUCAAAAAAUUAAUUAAACUAUA